AUGGAUGAAUUGCUGCUCGUGAGCGACAUAGCUGAGUUCACAAAUAUCAUGCGUUUGAUGAACCAAGUCGGUGACAAGGCUCUGCUGCGCCACCUGUCGUGGUUGUUUGUGCAAGCGUAUGCAGGGGUGGCCUACCCUAGAGGCAUUCUGGUGGUCUUCCACGGCAGUGAGCACCGUGCUAAAAAAGAACAGCCUCGCUUCUGCGCUGGUCAGAUCGAGCCAAGCUACAAGCUCCUCGUCGCCGCUAUGGCCUCUGUAGCACAUUUUACAGAGGACGAGCGGCAACGCAUCGAUGAAUACCUAGCAGGUGUCGUACAGACUGCUAUUGAGAAAACGAAGGCUUCUUCAUGGCUCGACAACAAGACAAUACAAGUCGCCGCAGAAAAGCUGGAGAACGUGCGCACCGUGGUGUGGCCGUUGGACAAAUUCCUCUACGCGGAGGCGCUAGAGGAAGUCUACAGAAACUUCACCGACAACGCUUCAUCAUUUGCCGAGUUCUGGAUCGAGACGCGUCGCAGCCAGCGCCAGCUGUUCGGCACCGAGGCUGCCGAAGAGGAGCUUCUGCUGGGCGACAACACUCAGCUGCCGUACGCGGACUACGUGCAGGUGCGCAACCGCCUGUCCCUCUCGCUCGGAGCACUGGCGCCACCGCUGUACUAUCCGGAUGGCACCAAAGCCAUGCUGCACGGCGGCGUCUUGUAUCUCUACGCUCGAGCGCUCAUCAGUGCCAUUGACAAUGAGGGAGUUAAGAUCAGUCCUCGAGGCGAAAUCGUAUCGACUUGGUUGAGCGAGGAAGUCCAGGACACCUUCGAACAGCGCUCACUGGGCUGCCUACCCGGGAAUGCCAGCAUUUUCCCCGAGGUUCCGGCGAUGGAGGUCGCCUACGAAGCUUUCAAGCGACACGUGGAAGAAAAUGAUGCUCAGCUUUCAGAGGAUCUGACGGAACAGAAGGUCUUCUUCAUCACCGCAUGUCUCUCCUCUUGCGCUAUGACGCCCGCCGACAACUUAUACGGUGGCGACUGCAAUAAGGCGGUGAUGAACUUUGCACCGUUCGCCAAAGCUUUCGCUUGUCCCGUUGGUUCGAAAAUGAACCCGGCGACGAAGUGUUCCUUUUUCGACUGAUUUUAGGAGCUGUGUAUUACGAUCUCUAUUCUGUGCCUCUGCUCCUUCUUCAGUAUCGGACUCUUUUUGAACUACAUUGUGCUUAAGUAGCGAGGGUAAUUGAAAGUUUUUGAAACCAGUCGUGUUCGGUGCACCAAUCUUUCCUUUCCCAACCGCUUCGCUGACAUUCCGUUUCUUGUACAUUGGUAGUUCCACUUGUGAUCGUCAGUCUACGUGUUUACGCUCCGUGGUUUUACAGAAGUAGAGUUUUUGAUUCCUUGUGCAAGUUUACGGAUGACUGACCAUCAUAUUGAUUUGCGCUAUUGUAUUUUUGUGGGUGACCACUCAGGUCGUAUAUACUCUACCUGUGAGAGGUU